AUGAGAAACAGACCAAAAUCAAAUAGAAUACCGACGCUGGUACUCUUUGGCACUCUAUUACUGGCCAACUUUGGUCAGCAACAACACUUAUCAGUAGCAGAGGCCAGCAGUGAAAACGGUGGUGUGGACGAAAUCAACCAACUGCUCGAAUCCGCAGAAAUAUCGAUUCCUGGUGAAUUCCCCUUGUCCAACCGCGUUGGAAUCUUCACCCUCGACCUCGUCAUUCGAAAUGUGGUCUGUUCCAAUCUAUCCGUGGGCGACGUGACAAUAUCUCAUGAACGAACCAGCGGUGAUCAAGAAACCAAUAUUGGCUUGGAAUUGGCCCACGUUGGCUUGCGAUGUAACAUGCAAUACAAUUACCGACUUGGGUUCAUCAGAGGCAGUGGAACGUUAGACUUGAUUGCGGAUGAUAGCUCGGCUUCUACAGGUAUUAGUUUUCAGUCGCAAGACUUUAAUGCAUUCCCGCCCACAACUUCGACUCCUGGAGACUGCGUGGCCAAUGUGGAGAUCACUUCCAUCGAUUUCCAGGGAGAUUUCUUAUCCGAGCUUGCCGAGCUGUUCCAAGGACCAGUCAGCAAUAUCAUCGAGGGUGAACUAGAACAAUUUGCGUGUGAUGAGCUGGGAAGCUUGGAUCUGAGCUCUUUGGAUCAAGACGUACUGGGCAACAUUUCUGAUGAAUUCGCUCUAUAUAUUGCACCGCUCACAGCAGAGGAAAGAAACCCAAUUCUCUUGGAAGAUUCCUUGGAUAUUCCACCAGAUAUGGCGAUACUAGACUUGCAAAAUACUACCAACAAUGCCAGUGAUUUCCUAAAUCGGACAGUGACACUGUUGGCAGAUGUUUUGUCAGGAGAAACAAAUGGGACACUUGAUGUCAACGACUUUCUUCGUUCCAACUUCCUUGAAGAUGAUGGAUGUCUGACUUUGAGCUUUACUCAGCUUAAAUUGAAUACAACCCUUUAUGAUACACAUAAUGAUUUGGUAGAGCUGUUUAUCGCUCUGGACAAAAUAAGAGUCUAAGGAGCGCUGGAUGCAGCUUACUCCUUGUACGAAGGCGUCUUGGAAACUACUGCUGAAGCCAUUUUCCAGCGAGGAAUCACGGCUGAAUUGAAUGCAAUCAUCAAGGAGCUUCUAACAGAGGCCCAAGCAUCAGGUUGCGAGAGCGUCCGGACCUUUGCAGAAGUUUCGGAACCAGCUAUUGAUUAUGUCGACUUUCGGGAACUCUUUGGUGAUGGAGGUGGUGGUGGAUACAGCACAAUUCCAGUCCUUGCAAGGACUUUGUUGAAUGGCUUUUUGGGCAGCUCGGAGCAGUUCAAUAAUUUGUUGAGUCUCUUUCUUUCGGAAGAUCAAUACGAUGGAAAUGGAAAUUUUGCGUUGGGCGAUUCUCUCGUAAACUCUUCCUUUGGCAUUGCAAUUGGAGGGCUGGUUGCCGAUUUAGAACUUCAGUUGAAGAACGCCACAUUGCAGAACGUGGAUUCAUUGGGACAGCCGACAGAGUUGUUGAACACAGUGGCAGAUCAUCCGUACCUUUUGGCAAAUACAAUGACACUUGGCACCGAACAAUUACCACUUCAAAUGAAAGGGAACCUUUACUUUUCGUUAGUGGGCGGCGACAACGGUUCAUUGAAAAAUGAUGUUACCGUAAGCGUUGCAAUGAAUGCCUUUCAGCUCGAACCGCUGCUGUUGCUCAUGAUUGAGGCAUCCCGACUGGACAAUUUUCCGAUUCAAAACAUAUUGGAAGUGGGUUGCUGGUUGGCGACAAUCCCUGCGCCUGAGCUUGAUCGCUACGGUGUCAGUGUAAGCAAUGCAGGACCAACUGCGGCGUUGCGAGCUUUAGCUACAUCUAUUGACAGCUUGACAAUAAAUGUCACUUGCAAUGAAUGCUCUAGUCCCAAAAUGAGCGAAUGGCCAGAUGUCCUAGCAACUCCCCAAGCCCAGGCUGACUUGGCCAUUGCAAUGGCGAAUAGCAUCACUUACCUUGGUGAGGCCAUAGCAGAAGGAGCGUUGCUUCAGAACACUAUUGAUCAGACACUGAAUGACGCAGCACGACAGUGUCCGCACAAUCCUGCUUAUGCCCCAAAUGCCGAGGCAACAGUCUACGAAGUGAUACCCAUUACACCAGUAGAUAAUGAGGACUCGCAAUCGUUCCUCACGACACUGCUGAUCAUUGCUUUGGUUGCUCUCCUCCUGGUAACCGCACUAGGGUUUGCGUUGAAGUGGUUUGUUAAGCGAAGGUAUCGCACUUGGCUGGCAACUCUUCCGCAAGACCGGUUAGCGCAGCUAGCCAGCGCUCAACAGAAGAAGACUGAGGCAGCUCAAGCGCUAGACGCAGCCACAGAUUCCAUGUUCACAAGUCCUCAAGUGCCAAUUUUCCUUCGUUGGGGCAUGCCUUUUAUCAUUCUCAUGAACAUUGCUUUCUUCUUGAGUGGGCACCUGAGCUUGGGAGCUACUGUGAACAUUCAAGCAAACAUUUUCGGGGAACAACUUAGUGUCGAUAAGUUUUUUGAAUUUUCAAUGGCGCGGUCUAUAGUCGAUCUCUGGGAGGCAGGUGGCAAAGAGUUGGCCGUUAUUCUGUUGAUUUUCUCAGGUAUCUGGCCGUACGCAAAACAGCUGAUAACGCUCACUGUUUGGUUCUUGCCACCAUCAAAGUUGUCAACAUCUCGACGGGAAUCAAUCUUACUGGGUCUUGAUCGUUUUGGCAAAUGGUCGAUGAUUGAUAUAUUUGUCCUUGUGAUCAGCAUCGUCGGGUUCAGAGUCUCGGUGCAAAGCCCAAACUCUAGUUUCUUUCCCGUCGACUUUUACUCGAUUGACCUAUUGGUCGUUCCUCUGUGGGGUCUCUAUGCGAACAUGAUUGCCCAAUUGAUUUCGCAGGUGAGCUCACACUUUAUAAUCCACUACCAUCGUGAAAUUAUCCGUGAAGCAAACGCUCGUUUGGGAAACGAUAAAGGUCUGGGUGAUACAACUGCUGUUGAAAAUGGCGAAGUAGAAGAACACAGGGGGGGUGGCUCUGAUUCGAUUGCCCUUUACGAACACGAGUUUUGUCGUUUACACCGCGGCGAUAAGUCAAAACUCAUGGUGCGAAAUUGGGUCAACAAGAUGCUAGUUUUGGUGGCAGUCUGCAUUGCUAGUUUUGUGGUUGUUGGAUGCAUCAUUUCAUCUUUUUCGCUGGAUAUCUAUGGUGUCAUUGGCGUUGCGGUGGAAUCGGGUCAAGGGUUUGAAGAUGCGACCACAGACCACACUGUAUUUACAGUGCUGAAGCUACUAAUGGACGAAGCAAAAUUCUUGGGAGGUGCUGGCAACUAUAUUGGUCUUGGGGUAUGGUCUGCACUGUUUGUCUUGACAGUUCUAGUUGUCCCUAUUGUGGAAGCAGGCGUAUUGUCAUUUCAGUGGUUCUCAAACUCAACGAAGCAGAAAAAGAUGAAGCUGUCAGUCUUGAUUGAAAUUUUGGAUGCAUGGCAGUACACAGAAGUGUAUCUGAUUUCAUUAAUGCUGGCAAGUUGGCAACUUGGUCCGCUGUCAGAGUUCAUGAUCAAUGACUACUGUGGUGGACUUGAUGCAACGUUCAGCGAUCUAGUCAACACAGGACUUUUGAAGGAAGAGGAUGGGCAGUGCUUCCGAGUCCAAUCCACCCUAAAGGCUGGUUUCUGGAUCAUCCUUGCAGGUGCCGUGCUACUUCGUUUCAUGGGUUCGUUUGUGACCAAGGCACUGACUCAAUUCUUGCGAGACAAAAAGGAAGAAGCAGAGAAGGGAAACGGGUCAAAUGUAGAUGUUGCAGGUUCCGACACGAGUAUUGACGAUAUCCAUCCUGCCCCAGUACUAUUUUCGGACUCGUUUCGGUGGAUGCUCAAGAGUCAACAAUGA